CACACACACACACACACACGAAGCUGCUGCAGUGUGAAGGUUCCAUGCAAAUGCGUGUUAGAAAGAGGAAGCUCAGAAGCUCCAGGAUUCAGGAUCUUGUAAAACUAUGUGCUGAUGAUCAAACUUAUAGGAUUGAAUCUGACGGACAAGAAACUGAUGGAUCUUUUUCUGAUCGCGGUUUUUAAACCCUGACUGUUUUUUGUUCUGUUGUUGUUGUUUUUUUGUUGUUUUCUUUAAAUAAGAAAACCAAAAACAAGAAAAAGCUCUUUAAAGGCCAGCGAGUGAAGACACUUCCGGGAAACCUUACUACUACAUCACAGUUGCUGGUACUUGUUGAGGGAACAUUACUGAGAUAUGGCCGAUGGCAAAUUGGGCUUGGAGACUCUGAGUGAGGAUGUGCGGAAUAGACUCGCAGAGAUGCUGGACAACUCAAACUGCGGCUGGAGGCAAUUGGCAGAAGCAGUUAAAGAGCAGCCACAAUUCUACUACAGUGAGAAGGAGAUGACCAGCUGCUCUCUCCAGGUGCUCAACGCUCGUGGCAGUCCUGGCCGAUACCUGCUGGCUCUGCUCACUGACAGGAAGUGCACACUGGCUUAUUUGCUGCAAUGCCUUAAAAAGAUUGAACACCACGGGGCUGCCAGUUUCCUCAUGGCAUACAUGGUGCCAAUAGAAAUAAGAACUAAUCCUCAAAAUGUGCAAGUGCCGAAGGGCAGCACAGUAACCCUCAGCUGCAGAGCCAUCGGUCCACCGGGACUCAGCUACCAGUGGUUCAGGAAGGAAGAUGAGCUGCCUGGUGGGAAUUUGCCAGAUCUGAUUUUGAACCCAGCUCGGGAAGGUGCCUACAUUUGUCGCGUCAGUGCUGGGGAGAUGUACGUGUUUAGUGCGUGGGCCCAAGUCCGACUGCUGCGCUCUGCUGAUCCAGGCUUUGUGAACUUCCCGUCAUCAGUGAGUGGGCUGUGUAUAAUGCAGCAGCCCAAAGCUCAGGUCCUGUCUGAGGGUGAUAUCUUACAUCUGGAAUGUUCUGCCCAGGCCAACCCACCUCCCCAGUUUCAGUGGUACCACAACAAGCAACCUCUACUGAAUGCCAUCAAACAUUUCAUAAAGAUUCCAUGUGUAACCACAGGAGACAGAGGAACCUACAGUUGCAGAGUGUACAAUCUUUAUCAUGAGAUGUGGAGUGACAACGUGCAAGUAGACAUUGGUCCUGGGUCAUGCACUGGAGGCUACUGGGAAACUGAUGAUGGACAUAAAGCCAGUUCUCUUCCACGACAUAUGGGGGAUUUAUACGCCACAGACAAGGUUGCACUGCUGAUGGGGAAUAUGAAUUAUGCCCACCACCGAGAGCUCAGAGCUCCUAUGGCUGAUGUAUAUGAGCUGAGCAACCUCUUGCGGCAACUCGACUUCAAGGUGGUCUCGCUGCUCGACCUCAACCGUCACGAGAUGCACCGAGCCGUCACCGAGUUCCUGCUGCUGCUCGGCCGUGGGGUCUACGGGCUGCUUUAUUAUGCUGGACAUGGCUAUGAGAAUUAUGGAAACAGCUUCAUGGUGCCUAUAGACGCUCCGGCCUCGUACACGUCGGAUCACUGUCUUUGGGUGCAGGACGUUUUACAGCGCAUGCAGGAGCGUCAGACUGGCCUCAACGUCUUCUUGCUCGACAUGUGUCGCAAGCGAAACUUGAAUGAUGAUGUCAUUCAGCAGCCUGGACCUCUGAAAGUCACAGCAAACAUUGUGUUUGGCUAUGCAACAUGUGUUGAUGCCGAGGCGUUUGAGGUGAACAAAGAUGACCUGUCCAAUGGAAUCUUCAUGAGCUUCCUGAAGAAGAGACUGAUGGAGCAGGAGAAGGUCACAGUCAUGCUGGAUCGAGUAGCUGAAGAUAUGGGCAGGUAUGAGUUGACCCGUGGUCGUCAGGCCCUGGAGCUGCGCAGUAACCUUUCUGAGCGCCGGACUUUAACGGAUCGCAUUCAAGCACCAGAGUGUCCAGUUAUGGCAUCAACACGUAACUUGCAGUGGUCCAUUGCACACGCUCUGCCAGAGAGUCGUGUGCUUCAGUUUGACUGCGGCGUGAAAGUGCAACUGGGUUUUGCAGCGGAAUUUUCUAAUAUAAUGAUCAUCUACACCCGGAUUCUGGAGACACCCACAGACAUCAGUACCUGCUCUGCUCAGCUGUCUGAUUUCACUGAGGGCCCAGAGACUGACCUUAAGCGUACCAACCAAGCGAGUCUUCGAGAUGCUGGGAGUUUGCUGUUAGUCAUGGACGAACGUCUACCACCAGAACAACCGCAACUCUUUACUCGUCUUUGUGCACUGCAAAGACUCAAGAGCGAGCUGUCAUUCACUGUGUGUCUUCACUAUCAGUACACUCAUCUUGAUGAGGAGGUGCAGGAACAGAGAACAGUAACUGUGGGCAAACCUCUGGUUUCCAAACUGAACCUACACGAGCCACAGAGAUUCCACACUUCAUUACCGUCAUUCUCGUCUGAUCCUCAGUCUGCCAACAUGCCACCUUACUCGUCUUUUGCUCAGGAUCUGCAUACCAGUUUGCCUUCCUUAGAUGCUUCCUUCACUGAAUCAACUGAUUCCUACUUGUACCCACAUGCUGAAUUCUCUUCUACUUCUGAUCUGAAGAGGAGAAAUGAGCCAGAAGAGACCAUUAGCCCUGAGUUCCUCAAGUCAGAGGAAGAUAGAAAGUCCAAAAGUUUCACUCACACUAGUGCUGACAAACCUCUCAAAUUCAGCAACUUUCAUUCAUUUUAGUUUAAAGGUGCAAAAGGUAUUUUCUGUUAUCAUUUAAUUUAAAAUGGUGCCAACUGUUCAGCGGUGGUUUCCUUGUAUGCAACGUCUUUAAGGCCUCAAGGCAUUUAAAAAAAAAAAAACAUGAUUAUCUUUAUGGUGCAAGCACUUAACCUGAAUGUAUAUUAUACACUAUAUAGAUUAAUAGUCAAUUUUUUAAAAGAACUUCAAAGUUAUGUGUAUAAAUGUCUCCCUGUUAGGAAUCACAGGUCUAAGAGUGUGGAACAGAACAUUUUGGACUUACAGAGGCAAUUGGUGGAAGAUCAGUUUAACUUAAUCAUAUUUUGAAAUAAUGAUCUUAAUGUAUUUAAAAAUUAUAAAAAAUUAUAGUGUUGUUUAUUUCCUCUGUUCUAACAGGAAAUUAUUUUAAAGACAGUUAAAAAACAUGAAAUAUUUGUCAAAUAUGAGAAUUAGUUAAAGAGGUCUUAAGGAUGAAAUUUAAUAUAUUAAUAUUAUAAUAUUGUUACAAUAGUUAUUAAUAUAUUUGUUUUUGCAUAUAAACAAACAAUUCAAUAUAAAAAAAACAUGUACAUGGGAUAAAUUACAAAGAACUACACAUUUUUUAAUGAUUCAUUUUGAGUUUAAUACUUUCAGGCUAUGCAAUAUGUAAUUUGCUGUAUUAAUUAUUUGUAUAAGGAAUUUUAUACAAUAGACUAAUUGCAUUUUUAUGAGUUGUAUGCAGGUAAAACUUUUUUAAAGUUUUUUAUGGUCAUUAAAAAAUGAUGACACUUGUAAUUUGUGAUAGUAUUUUAAAAUUGAUCUUAAAAUAUAAUCAAAUCAAAUGGGGAGGCAAGUGAAGGGUAUGGAGUUAAGUGUAUUGGGUCGUGUAUUGGAGGUGGAUGGCACAAGAAAGGAUGUAAGGAUUGGGUGCAGGGAGUGUAUUAAGGAAACCCUAGGUAAGAGUUGAGUGGAGGCAUUGUAUAGGGAUUGAAGGUAAGGAAGGAGAUACUCACUUAGUGUUGGGUCGGAUAGAGAAAACUAUUUAGAGAUAAGUGGGUACAAAUUGUGUUUAGGGAUCAGUAGUGUAGUUCAGUGUGUGGGGUGAAAAGGGAUGUGUAUAGGGAUUAUUUGUAAAUUAAAUAUAUUUAGGGAUUAGUGGUUAAGGCUGGAGUGAAGGGAGUGUAUUCAAGGAUUAAUUGGUAGAGGUUAAGUUUUAUGGACUGUAUAUGGAGAGAUUGAAGGUAGGGGCUGAGUGGAGGAAGAUUUAUUAGGGUUCAGUUGGUAGGAGUUGAGUGGAGGGAGCGUAUUUAAGGUUUUUUAUACUAAGGGUUUGCGUAGAGGAAGAAACAAUUUAGAAAUGUGUGAAAGCAUUUUUGGGGAUCUGUUUGGAAGAGCUUGAGUGUAGGAUAGUGUGUAGGCAUGUUUUUUUGGCAAGAUGCCAAAAUUUGGGCACAAUUUGAGUAACAGUAGACAGGGACUGAAUGUUAGACGUGUGAAAAGCCAUUAAUGAAUAGUGUUUGUGUGGGGAAAGGUAAACAUCUAUUUAUGGUCCUCUCCAAAACAUUAGAAUUAAUUAAAUUGCUAAAUGAAAGUAAUUAACACUUAAUAUUUGGUCGCAUAUCCCUUGUUUGUAAUAACUAGUACAUAGCAGAAGAAAGGGACUGUGUAGGGCAGAGGUAUUCAACUAAAAUUUAAAGAGGUCCAGUAAGAGAAAAUUUCUUUAAACAAAGGUCCGGAAGAUCAUAAUGUCUAACUAGUUAGUGUGAUAUAUAUAUUUAAGUAGCCUAGUAGUUGUAUGAACAUCUGCACGCAAUCAAUACCUGUCUGUCAAAUCAAAUAAAUUCAGUACAAGUCAAAAACUUUUUGACAAUAUUUAUUGUUACGUAACAU